AAAUCACUUUGACACAUUGCACUUUCAUUCUACACACUCUUCUCCACACACACACACACACACCAAACUCUUAACCACCAAACUCUUACUCUCAUAUACAUACAAAAAAAUUUCACAAAAUUUCACUCUUCUUCUUCCUCUCUUCAUCUCUUCACAACCACAGAACCAUGAACAACCCAUUCUCCCAAAUAACUUGAAUCCAACCCUCAAACACCAUCUCCAACAUGCCAUCCCGACAACUCUCCACCUCAUCAGAAACACCGCCACGUCAUCACCACCACCACUUUUUCAUACCUUUCCUCGCCGUCACCCUCUCAGCCUUCUCCCUCCUCCUUCUCCUCCUCUUCCUCUGCCUACACCGCAUCGUCACCCGCAAACGCGCCACCCACCCGCCUCCUCCUCCUUCCUCCUCCCCCCCGCACCGCCUCUCCUUCUCCGUCCUCCGCCGCGCCACCAAUUCCUUCUCCUCCCGCCUGGGCCACGGCGGCUUCGGUCCCGUAUUCGCCGGCACCCUCGCCGGAGCCCCCGUCGCCGUCAAGCUGAUGGACUCUGCCUCUUCUCACCAGGGCGAGCGCGAGUUCCACAACGAGCUUUUCUUCGCCUCCAAGCUCCUCUCUCCCCACGUCAUCACCGCCACGCACUUCUCCUCUGACCCCAAACGACGCCGCUUCCUCUUGGUCUACGAGCUCAUGCAAAACGGUAACCUCCAAGACGCGCUUUUGCACCGGAAGUGCCCCGAGCUCUCAAACUGGAACACCCGCUUCUCAAUUAUUCUCAACAUAGCCAAAGGAAUUCACUUUCUCCACUCCUGUGACCCCCCUGUUAUCCACGGCGACAUAAAGCCCAGUAACGUUUUGCUCGAUCGCGAUUUCUCGCCCAGAAUUGGCGACUUCGGGUUAGCGAGGUUGAGCUCGGAGCUUCCGAGGUUUGAAAUUGAGGUUCUGGAGUGUGGUAGUGUUAAUAACGAUGAAGAGAAGCGGAAGAUGAAGGAGGAGGAGGUUGAUGAUUGCGGAUCGGUGGCGAGUACUCACAGUGUUUUUAUGGAAGAAGGUAGCUUGGGGGUGGAGCAAUCUCCUUCGCCAGAGACUGCGGCGAUGAUGGCGAUGACUUCGCCGGAGACGGGAUUGGCGGUGGCAGGGGCGUCGCCGGGGUUUGAGAAGGAGGAUGCGAAGAAGAUGAACGGGAAAGCGUUGAAGAGUAAUUCGGUGAGGGAUUGGUGGUGGAAGCAUGAGAAUGACGUUGGGAGUGGGGAGGGUAAGAAGGUUAAGGAUUAUGUGAUGGAGUGGAUUGGGAGGGACGUGAAUAAGGAGAGGGUGAAGGGUGGAAUUGAAUAUGGGGAUGUGGAGAUGGGGAAGGAAGAGGCAAAGAAGAAGAAGAAGAAGAGAAGAGGGAAGGAAAUGGAAUGGUGGGAGUCAAUGGAAGAGGAGAAGUUUGACGGGGCUGUGAAGGGGAAGAGAAGGACCGUGAGGGAGUGGUGGAAAGAUGAGUGUUUUGAGGAGAACGAAAAGAAGAACAAGAAGAAGAAGAAGAAAAAGGGUGGGGGUGUAAAGAGUGAUGAUAUUGAGAAUGGUGAUGAUUGGUGGGUGAGUGAUGAUGCAUUGGAUAAGAGGAAGGGAAAGAGUAGGAGCAGAAACAACCGUGGGAACAUGGAUUGGUGGAUGGAUGGAUUGAGUGGUGAGUUAUGGAGAGGAAGGAGGAAUAACAGCUUUGAUUCUGCAAGUGGGGAGAUUCCAAAGAGUGGUGGUGUUAGCAGUACUCCUAGUAUGAGGGGAACUGUGUGUUAUGUUGCUCCUGAAUGUGGCUAUGGUGGUGAUGUGACUGAGAAAUCUGAUGUGUAUAGCUUUGGGGUGUUGUUGCUUGUGAUAAUUUCUGGGCGGCGACCACUUCAAGUGAGUGGUUCUCCCUUGUCUGAGUUUCAGAGAGCGAAUCUACUCUCCUGGGCACGCCAUUGUGCAAGAAAUGGGAAGCUUUUUGAGUUGGUGGAUGAGUCUCUGCAGUUGUUGGAUAAAGAACAGGCUCUUCUCUGCAUCAAGGUGGCUUUGGUUUGUCUGCAGAAAUCACCUACUCGUCGUCCUUCAAUGAAGGAGGUUGUGGGGAUUCUGAGUGGGGAGUUAGAACCACCCCAAUUGCCUGUUGAGUACUCUCCUUCAACCCCUUCUCGCUACCCCUUCAAGUCUAGGAGAAAAGGAAGAAUUUGUGUGGGCUUUACAGAGUUUGUAUGGAUGAGUUUUGUUCCUAGGUUGAAGAGCCAUGCUGGUACAAGCAGUAGUAAGCGAACAUCGGAAUUUGAAAUGGUUAAAUUCUUUGAAGCAGAAUGUUUGUAUAAGCUUUUCUCAUGUGAUUGUGUUAAUGGUUGUAACAGUAAAACAGGGCCACUCUUGUUCAAAGAUACUAUAUCUGGUAAGUACUACCGAGUACUGUAAAGGAAAUUGUUAUAC